CUUUCCACUUUCCACAUUCUCUCUCUCUCUCUCUCUCUCUCUCUCCUCACUUCAUCUCUCUCAAAUGGGGAAAACAUUAUACUACUAGUAAAAUCCAUAUCCUCCAGCAAUGCUCUCCUCCGUUCCCACCUUCGAUCCCUAGCCGCCACUACAAACAAAACCAAACCACCGAAUCUCCAUCCGAUCCAAUCCAAUCCAAUUUCCCACCACCCAUUCGACAAAAUCCCCCAACCAAAACCAUGUCCAGAACCACCGCCACCACCACCAGCAUCCUCGACUCAAUCGGCCAAGAAAUCACCACCAUCCUCUCCCCCGUCUCCAUCUGCAUGCUCCUCGUCGUCCUCCUCGUCUCCUCCCUCUCUUCUCCCUCCUCUCUCUCCUCCCCCACCACCCCCAUCCGCUCCGCCGCCAACCUCGUCUACCUCGAAACCCCCGACGACACCCCCUCCCACAAGCUCCAGGGCGCCCUCCUCAACGCCCUCGUCUUCGUUCUCCUCAUCUCCGCCGUCACCUUCCUCCUCGUUCUCCUCUACUACUACAACUUCACCAACUUCCUCAAAAACUACAUGCGCUUCUCCGCCUUCUUCGUCCUCGCCGCCAUGGGCGGCUCCAUCUUCCUCUCCCUCAUCCAGCACUUCUCCGUACCCAUUGACUCCCCAACUUGUUUCCUACUCCUCUUCAACUUCUCGUCCGUGGGCGUCAUAUCCGUGUUCUCAAACGCCGUGCCCAUUCUGCUGAGGCAGGGUUACAUGGUUGUUUUGGGGAUCAUCGUGGCGGCCUGGUUUACCAAUUUGCCCGAGUGGACCACUUGGGUUCUGUUGGUUGCGCUCGCGCUGUAUGAUUUGGUGGCAGUUUUGGCCCCCGGUGGGCCGCUCAAGAUCUUGGUCGAAUUGGCUUCAAGCCGCGAGGAUGAGCUCCCGGCUUUAGUGUACGAAGCUAGGCCCACGGUUUCGAGAAAUGGGAACCGGGGUGGUUCUAGUUUAGGUCUUUUGGUUGGUGGGGUUUCAGAGUCGGGUUCGGUUGAGCUUCAGGUGGUAUCUAGUGAGAAUGAGAGGGUAGAGGAUUCGGAACACACUGUUAUUCGAAUUGGGGAAGGUGGGAUGGGAAGAGAAGGGGAGACGUAUCGUUUAGUGAAUGAUGUGAGGGAAAGACGAUCAUCGAGUAGUGAAUCUUCGGACUAUUCGGUGGAUGUUUCGGUAGAUAGAAACAGGCAAUAUGGACAUGAGCAAUCUGAGAUUGUUGUUGAUGAGGAGAGGUCCCCGCUUGUGGAAAUGUUGGGUUCGGGGAAUGAUAGAGAAGGUAGAGAGGAGUGUGGUUCAGAGACCUUUGGAAUGACUACUAAGGGCAUAAAACUUGGGCUUGGGGACUUUGUGUUUUAUAGUGUUCUUGUGGGUAGAGCUGCAAUGUAUGAUCUAAUGACUGUUUAUGCCUGUUACCUUGCGAUUGUUUCGGGACUUGGGUGCACUCUUAUCCUGUUGGCUGUGUGUCGUCAUGCUCUGCCUGCGCUGCCGAUUUCCAUCUUUUUGGGGGUUAUGUUUUACUUCUUGACUCGGUUGUUGAUGGAACCUUUCGUUGUUGGGACUUCCACUAAUUUGAUGAUGUUUUAGAGCUCUGUUUCACUUGCACACCAGCGAUUUAGAAAAUGAAGUGAUACAUACUUCUCCGUGGUCCAACAUGCGGUGGUAGAAUUCGUGCUCUGACACAAUCUGGUAUGGGAUUGAUGUGUAAUUUGACUGGCUGCUCAGGUUGGUAUGCAUUACUUAUCAGGCAGUUUUUCAUUUUUAGAAGUGCUUAAAGAUAACCUGUUCAUUCAGAAUAAUUGCAGAUGGUUCAAAUGUAAGCACUCCGGACAUAGUAUACGUUAGAAGGCAUAUAGAGAGUAUGACAUUUAUUUGACCAAAUGGAUUCUAAAGGAAAUUGCUUAUUUGCUUCUUGCUGUUAUUUUUAUACUCCA